AUCCUUAUCCUCUACACUCUGACUUCGGAUUAGGGAUGUCCCACCUCUCAACAUCCUUGCGGUCCGAAUCAGAAAAAUAUCGCAAAGCUGCACGUAACGUUAACGUACAAGCUAUGAUUCGACAAUAUGCACCAGUGGCCGCCAUCGUCUUCAUCAUCAUUCUUCUACUAUGGUGGCGGCUGUUCUAGCGUCUCUUUUCACAUACCCUUCACCUCUAGGUUCAUGUCUAUAUAUUAUACUUCUGUUGUUUUGGAUUCUCAUCUUAGGUUCAGCGCGUAUAACGACCAAGAGUGUCAAUGAAUAAGUAUAGUAAGUAUGCAUAUCUUGGGCCUCAUGUCACGCUCCUCAAGCUGUACAGUAUCGGAAUCUCGCUGCCGGCAUCCUUCCAUUUGACACGACGAAUUGAUUUAAGAUAGAGAACAUGCUUUUGUCUCCCACCACCACCAACUGCUUCAUUUCGAACGUUUGCCAGCCCUGACGAUUCUCAGAGUGCUUCAGUGAACUAAUUUGAGGUCAUGACUUCGUACGGUGUUCCUUUGUCCGGUCGUGCCUCUCCGUUGCCUCAGUACGCUCAGCCUAUUGGGGUUCAACAACCGCAAUACCCUGCUGUCAAUCCCCAGGGCGCACAGAUUAACCCUGGCACAAUCACUUAUACGACGACGACAGGACCUGAUGGUCAAGUAAUCUAUCAUCCUUUCAGAGCUGUUCCAGCAAGCUACCAGACAGCCUCAGGUAUCGUUAGUGGGAUACAAUGGGUUCCUGCAGAGGCAACCUCGGUGUUGCCCACUGGUGCAAUGCCUGCUACUGGCGAUGUUCUCGCCUCCGUCGAUCGCGUGGCGGGGGGAGAUCGUUCACGCGAUUGGCAACGAGACGAUGAUCGCUACCGUGAUAAUAACUACCGCCGCAGGGACGAUCGGGACCGGAGCUCUAGGGCGUGGGAUCGCCGUGACGGCGGCCCUGAUGAUUACCGACGUGAUGAAGAUGACUAUCGACGACGUGAAGACAGAGAUCUACGACGAGCCCAGGAACGCGAUGAACGUGAAAGACAACGACUGAAGGAACAUAGGAUGAGCCAGGCUGGUAGUAUGUAUGGAUCUGGAGGUUACGACCGCAAAUAUAACGAUGGAGUGUCUGAGCUCGAACAACGCUUCCAGGAUCUCGAUGUAGACCGCGAUCGUAGCCGUCGGGAUCGCGACUAUGAACGAGAUAGCAGAGCGGCCAGAUCUCGCAGAGGUUCCAUGUAUGGUGGAGUUCCCGGUGGGAGCCCUUACUCAAACAGUGCCACCCCGGCCCUUGGGUAUCAGACGGCAAGCACAGCUGGAUAUGGCUCCUCACCCUAUAGCACAUCGACUAACACCGCGGGGUAUCCGCCCACCAAUAACAUUUACUCUGGACAGCGCGAUGAUGGUUCUGGCAUCCGGAGACCAGUCUCACCUUACCAGCAAGGUGUAACUACAUCACCUUAUCAAACCGGUUCUGCCAUAUCUCGUCCUGUGUCGCCUUAUCGAGGUAUACCUCCGCUCCCUUCAUCGUACGCACAACAAGGGAGUGGUCAAGCGAGGCCAGUUUCACCCUAUCGCGGUGUUCCUCCCGUCCAACGUGCAGCAUCACCUUACCAUGCAGGCGGCGUUCUUCCUCCCGCUUCGCCUUACCAUGGUGGCGGCGCUCUUCCUCGUUCUUCCUCCCCAUACCAUGGAGCCGUUAGCGCGCCUCGCCCCGUAUCACCCAUGCCAGUAUACCCUCCAGGACACAUCAUGGCUGGGAAACCUAUGACAAGGUCUAGUAUUUCCCGCGUGCCUUCUCCUGCACCAGGCGGCGGAACUUACGGGGAUGUCAGGAACUCAGUGGCUGGUUAUGGUUCUCAGAAUCAAGGAUAUGGCAGUUCUCCACACAUACCAUCUCAGACUGUGGAUGAGCAACGCAUGCUGCCUCCCCCAGAGGGCUUCUCACGUCCGCCCAACCUAGCCCAACCGUACACCGCAUUUGAGACUCUGAGGAUCCAGGACAUGGAUGAGUUCUUCGAGAAUAUACCCCGGAUGCCGUUGGUUCUUGUCACCCACGAUGUAUAUCAUGAAGAUUGGAUUCGUUUCAUGACAGACCUCUCAUUAGCAUGGGGCGGUAAGCUGCCUGUGCCGGAGUAUGCUCGAGACGGCGGUCCUCUUAGGAGGACCAUUCUAACAGCCGAUCUCAUUGAUCUCUGGAAUGCCUCUUUCUUUAUCAAACGCGGUGUCGAGGCCGUACUUUACAAAGGAAGAGAACGUAAGUCGGGCCCCAACGUCGGCGUAUUCGAUGCACAUCUUCCUGGAUUCGAAGGUCGCCCAGGGUACUCUGAGUCCGACGAGGAUGAAACCGAUGAUAGUGAAGAUGAAGACGACCUUGACGAUCGUCAUCGUGGCUACGGCGCGUAUGGAGGAGUCUAUGGGAGACAAGUGGACAGUCAGAUGGCUGAAUACCAGGAAGCGAGACGCAUUCGUCGGGAGCGAAAGAGAGCGGAGAAGAAAAGACGUCGUCAAGAGAGGAGACACAGGCGCAAGUUGAGGGAGGCUGAGAGGAAGUAUGCGCUGUAUAUCACUUGCGUACCACCUCGUGAUGUCGGGGUUGGGAUGUAAGAGUGUUUGAAGUGUAAGAUAUUAGACAGUGGUCUAACGUGGAAUGGACGACGUGGGUCGAUGUCUGGGUUUGUCUCUUCUGUUGUAGUUGUAACAUCAUUUUGUGUUUUCUAUGGCUGACCCCAUCAGUGUUGCACUAGAAUGUAACCGAGGAUGUAGUAUGAACAAGUUGAAUGUAAAAUAUGCGUGCAUACCUAUGUACAAUACAGCCAAAGUGGUCAAUGAAUAUGAGACUAGUCUACAUAAAGAUAUGAAAUGGUC